AUGGGUGUACCGAAGUUUUUUCGCUAUAUGAGCGAAAGAUACCCUUGUUUAUCUGAGCUGCUGCGUGAAAACCAAGUGCCAGAAUUCGACAACCUCUAUCUGGAUAUGAACGGCAUCAUCCACAACUGUUCGCACCCCAAUGAUGCAGACAUCAACUUCCGGAUACAGGAGGAAGGCAUAUUUGAGGCUAUAUUUCAUUAUGUAGAGUUUUUAUUUAAGCUCAUUCGACCACAAAAAGUGUUCUUCAUUGCCGUUGAUGGUGUGGCACCGCGCGCCAAAAUGAACCAACAGCGUGGUCGGCGUUUCCGCUCAGCGCUUGAAGCACACGAACUGUUAGAAAGGGCAAAGGCAAACGGUGAUCCAAUCCCUUCGGAUAGUCCGUUCGAUAGCAAUUGCAUAACGCCGGGGACACCGUUUAUGGUGCGGCUACAGAAAGCGCUGGAGCAUUUUAUUCAAGUGAAGAUCGCUACAGAUCGUCUUUGGAAGGCAUGCACUGUUAUUCUCAGUGGUCAUGAGACGCCAGGGGAAGGAGAACAUAAAAUCAUGGAGUACAUUAGGCACGCGAAAGCUCAGCCCGGGUUUAACCCAAACUUACGCCAUUGUUUAUAUGGCUUAGAUGCUGAUCUGAUUAUGUUGGGACUGUGCACACACGAACGCUACUUCUCGCUCUUGCGAGAGGAAGUAAAAUUUGGCAAAACCGACAAAAAGGAGACGGUCCUUAAGGACAUUCGGUUCUAUCUGUUGCAUCUGACGCUGUUGAGCGAGUAUUUGGUGCUAGAAUUCGCAAGCAUUCGUGACCGGCUACGGUUUCCGUUCGACAUAAACAAACUCAUCGAUGACUGGGUAUUGAUGGGUUACUUGGUUGGAAAUGAUUUCAUUCCUCAUAUGCCACAUCUGCACAUCAACGAAAAUGCACUCCCUAUUCUGUACAGCGCGUACAAGGAUGUAUUACCCGAGAUGGACGGAUACAUUAACGAGGGAGGAAUACUAAACUUGCCUCGGCUACAGAUGUUAAUGAGGCAUCUAGCGCAUAUAGACCGGAAAAUAUUUCGCGAUCGUUACACCGAGCUGAAAUAUUUAGAGGAAAAGUGUGGUAAAAAUAAUUUGGAAGCUUUUGAUGUGAAUGCGGAUGAGAUUAUUGCCUCGAGUGAAAUGGACAAAGACUUGGUGGCACUUAUCAUGUCUUCGGAAAUGUUGGACUCUGAUGGAGAAGAUUAUGAAGCACCGGUAACGCUGGAUGACAUCGAGAACGAUCCCGAAUUGUUUGAGAAGGAGUUCCAGAGCUACAAACGAAAUUAUUAUAUGACGAAGAUGGGAUACGCGGAUUUCACUGAGGAGGUUCGAGCGGAACAAACGGAAUGCUAUAUCCGAGCUCUGCAAUGGACGCUGCACUAUUACUAUCGAGGUGUGGUAUCAUGGUCGUGGUAUUACCCUCAUCAUUAUGCACCGUUUAUCAGUGAUGUGGAUAAUUUCGCCGAUCUCAAGCUGGAGUAUGAAACGGCGCGACCAUUCUUGCCUUUCCAGCAGCUACUGAGUGUGCUUCCUGCAGCCAGUAGACAACAUUUGCCGUCGGCUUAUCACGAUCUCAUGAUCAACGCCAACAGCCCAGUAUAUGACUUCUAUCCAACGGAUUUCAGAACCGAUUUGAAUGGAAAGCAACAGACAUGGGAAGCGGUUGUGCUGAUUCCGUUUAUCGAUGAAAAGCGUUUGCUAAAAGCCAUGGGUCCGUGCGAUGCGUUCUUAACUGAUGAAGAGAAACAACGGAACGUUCAUGGACCGAUGCUAAAAUAUCAAUACGAUGCCAAGCAAACGGCUCCGCUUGAGGCAAAGUAUGGAUUUUCGCGUAUCGAGGAGCUGUCGGUCAGACGGAGCGAAAUGUGGCGCGAUAACCUACACGUACCCGAUAACAAGCUGGUGCUUGGGCCUUCGCAAGGUGCCGUAUUGCACGGUUAUGCGAAAGGAUUUCCCACGUUUCAGCAUUUGCCUCAUCAUGGUGAAUUGAAGAGUUUGCAUGUAAAAAUAUUUAAUUUUGCUAGUAAAAACGACAGCAUGGUGGUAGUGUUGGAUCCACCGAAGGACCAGAAAUCAGAACUAGACACUGCGGAACUGGCAAAGAAUUUACUAGGUAAAAUCGUGCAUGUAAGCUGGCCCCACCUAAUGGAAGCCAUUGUGGUGCGGGUGUCGGAUCGAUUAAAAACGUACGAACGGAACACCGAACCAUUACAGACGGAUGAAAGAUCGUUCAAAAUGUCGUGUCUUUCAAUUACCGAACACAACAACAACCGUCUGGCGAUAGAUGUCGGCGCGAUCAAGCAACUGAUACAUGUUAGAAUUGCUGUCGGUACAGAAUAUGUUUUGCAGAAUUAUGGGUUCGUGUUGAAAAAAUUGUGGCACAACGUUACCAUGGCGUAUCCGGCACAGACUAUUGUUUAUGAUCUACAAGACGUAAUGAAGCAAGAAAAAGCAUAUCUGGAGAUGAAUGAAAUGUUUCCACAGGAAUGUGUGACAUUCCUGCGAGCGACUGAAUUCUACGGCAGUUUGGGCCACGUGGUGGACGUUUCAGCAACAACGAAACGUGUACAGGCAAAGUUUCUUGUUUUCGAGGAGCCGGAUCUGAGCCAGGUGUUUUAUGUGCACCGUCAGUCGUUGCAGGCGUAUCGGAAUGCCAAUGACACAUCCGCUAUGCUCGGUAUUUCGGUAGGAUUGCUGUUACAGUUGACCGGAUCACUGCUGGUUGCGCCCGGUGGGCAUCGUGCGCUAAACGUAGGUGACAAAACGGUCAAUAUAGGAUUGCGGCUUCGCAUGAUGUCGAAGGACGAAGAAACGGUUGGCUACUGUCGCAAAGUGAACAAAAUGUGGCUGUUUUCAGAGAAAACCGUCAAGCUUAUCGAAAAGUACCUCGAGCAGGUUCCCGAUUUGUUUGAAAAGUUCAAACGCAUGGGUAAAACAAACAUUUACUUCGAGACGGAUUUGUUUGGCGAAGGGAAUGAAGGUAAGCUGAAGGAGCUGAACAACUGGCUGAACUUGCAAGACCACAUAAAUGCCGAACGACGGAGCUGCGGCAUCAUCUCUCUGGAACAGAAUGCAAUCCAAAAGCUGAAUGAAAUCAUCAAUAAGUAUGGGAACAUGCACCAACCCAAAGUGCAGACAAUGUUCGUUGAUCCAAAGGAUUUAUAUCGGCCCGGUAUGAAAAACUCGAAAGUGAUUGACCCGGCUGCUACUUUUGAGCUGCUAGAUCGCGUGAUUGUGGUACAAGACAAAGAGGAUGUCCCGGUCGGAGCACGGGGUACCAUCAUUGGUAUACAUCGUGUGUCGGAUCCUAAUCCGGUGCGCCGAGAAGCUGUCGGACAGGAUGAUAUUAAUUUGGAAAUUUUGUUUGAUAAACCUUUUGCGAAGGGUGCAUGUAUUUCGGAUGUUCCCAGUACUGAGAAGCGUGUGAUGCGCCUCGCACAGGGUGCAAUAAUGAACAUUUCUUAUGGUAAAGCGUCGGCAGGCUAUCGGUAUAAGGUACAAUGUGACAAAAACCUUAGCGAUGAGCAAGAUACUGCUUCAACUGCAGUAUUAGAUUGUGUCAAAUCUAACGCAACGGCAGAUUCAAUCCAGAGGCGCUUAAAUGAACGUAUCGGCAAGCGUACUAACGUUUGGAACAGCAAUAAUGCAUUUGUUGGAGCAUCGAUGGAUCGACCCACGCAUCGGGAUUCCACGCAGACUAAGGAAUCUGACCAACACAGAAAGAUAGAGUUCGAACGUUUGUGGAGAAAACUGAAAGAGUCGCCGAAUGAAACGGGAACUCUAUUCGAUGAUAGCGACAUUGAAAGUUUUGUACAAUCACCUCGCCAGCGAUCGGGUCAUCAGAGUCAUGAAUCGGCCACAAAUCGGUUGUCGACUGAAAACGUGUCUUGGAGAACGAAGAACGAUGCCGUUCUGAAGAAUGGUUCUAUUAUUGCUGAAACGAAUGCAGAUAACAUGGCCGGUUAUUUGAAACAAAUGCUACGCAUAGAGGAUGAAAGUGUCCAGGAUAAAAAGAUAAGUCAACCAACAACCAUGGCAGUGCCCGCCCCAACCAGUCUCCCAAAACCACCCAUUCAAUGGCAGAUGAUGUCCGCUGCGAAAAGUUCCUCCGAGAACUCUUCGACCGUUCCGUUUACAACGCACGUGAACAUACCGCAACAGCAUAUGCUUCCAAUGGUACAAUCGUCAUUAAUGCACCCGGGGUUUAGAGCUAUGAUGGGACCUCCAACGCAUGUAUAUAAUCAACACCAACAGUUGCCGUAUGCGUCAAUGCAUAUGCAACCGGCGUUCUCUUCACCAGGGAUGAACAUGCAUCAACCAUUUGGUGGGUUUCAACAACCAACGAUGGUACCACCAUUCGCUCAGCGCAUGUCUAUCCGACCUCCGAUUCCUUUUGCAACUGCUUCAACAAUGUUGCAACAACAGCCGCAGCCACAACAAAUACAAGAGCAGCAGCAUAGACAUCAACAAUAUCCUCCUACUUGGGGUCCUAAAGGACCACAGCAUUUGAGUUAUAACCAAAAUAAUCCUGCCGGAAAAGGUGCUUUUGUGCCUUUGCAGGCUAUGAAAAAGACUGUUAAAAACAAAUCUUUGAAUUGUGAUAAUUCGUCUGCUCAUAAUAGUAUGGUUGGAAACGAUGUCAAGCAUCAAGCUACGGUGGUGCCAACAUCGUCGAUGCCAGCUACAACCACAGGUAGCAACAGCUUCAAUGAGAAAAAUGCCCGCCGUAGGCAAGAGGUCGAACAGAAACAGGCGGAGGUGAAGCAAGGAUUUGCUAGCUUUCUGUCACAAAAACCGGACACAAAACAGCUGAAAAAUAAGCACAAUAGUGCUACGUUCAUUAGAAAACCACCAACUGCCGACACAAAGGAUAGAGACGAGAAGAAUGGAAACGUUACUGUCUUGAAGAACGUCAAAUCUAGACCGAAGACUCGCAUAGCUGCGCGGUUUGGUUUAACUCCCGAUGGAUAA